UCCUCCCCCCCGCCUCUGCGACGAACCCUAAGUAUUUUUUCACUUGGAACUCAUUCCCCCAAAAUAAUUAUCCACAUUCUCCCUGAGUUGUUAUCCACGGACCCCUGAAUGCGCAAAGUCCACCUUUAUAUUUUAGUGACGAGCUGAGAGGAAAUACCGUGCGCAUGCGCGUUGUUUCAGAGAUUUCAGUACGUGACAUCAACACACACAGGACACCAUGAAGUAGAGAGAGAGAGAGAGAGGCUGUGUUGUCUCGAAACCAGAAGAGGCAAAAAAAAGGAUUUAAAAGGAAGCGUAUUUCUACACACACACAUAGGAAGGGAGUUCAGAGAUGUGAAAAAUGUCAGGAGGUUGCUCGUGUCCUGGGUGCUCGUCUAAGUCGUUCAAGCUGUACUCACCGAAGGAACCCCUCAACGGCAACGCAUUCCCUCCCUACCACCCAGGCAGUAUGCUGGAUCGCGAUGUCGGUCCAACACCAAUGUACCCUCCGACGUACUUGGAGCCUGGAAUAGGGAGACACACACCCUACAUGAACCAGACCGACUACAGAAUAUUCGAGCUCAACAAACGAUUACAGAACUGGGCAGAGGAAUGUGACAACCUCUGGUGGGACGCCUUCACCACAGAGUUCUUUGAAGAUGAUGCCAUGUUAACCAUCACCUUCUGUUUGGAAGAUGGUCCCAAGCGAUACACCAUUGGCCGGACAUUGAUCCCUCGCUACUUCCGCAGUAUCUUCGAGGGCGGAGCCACCGACCUGUACUACAUGCUCAAACACCCAAAGGAAUCGUUCCACAACAACUUCGUGUCAUUGGACUGUGACCAAUGCACAAUGGUGACCCAGCAUGGCAAACCCAUGUUCACCAAGGUGUGUGUGGAGGGACGGUUGUAUCUGGAGUUCAUGUUCGACGACAUGAUGAGAAUUAAAACCUGGCAUUUCAACAUCCGGCAGCACCGUGAGCUGAUCCCACGUAGCAUCCUUGCCAUGAACUCCCAGGACCCACAGAUGCUGGACCAGCUGUCAAAGAACAUCUCUCGGUGUGGCCUGUCCAACUCCACCUUGAACUACCUCCGGCUGUGUGUUAUUCUGGAGCCGAUGCAGGAGUUAAUGUCCAGGCACAAAACCUACAGCCUGAGCCCCAGGGACUGCCUCAAGACCUGCCUGUUCCAGAAGUGGCAGAGGAUGGUGGCCCCACCAGCGGAACCGGCGCGGCAGGCGCCGAGCAAGAGGAGGAAGCGGAAGAUGUCAGGCGGCAGCACCAUCAGCAGUGGCACCAACUCCAACACCAACAGCAGCAGCAAGAAGAAGAGCCCGGCCAGCAGCUUCGCCCUGUCCAGUCAGGACGUGAUGGUGGUGGGGGAGCCCACCCUGAUGGGGGGCGAGUUUGGCGACGAGGACGAGCGGCUCAUCACGCGCCUGGAGAACACCCAGUACGACGCCACCAACGGCAUUGACGAUGAGGACAGCUUCAACAACUCGCCCGCCCUGGGAGCCAACAGCCCCUGGAACAGCAAGCCGCCAUCCAGCCAAGAGAGCAAGUCGGAGAACCCAACCUCCCAGGCCUCGCAGUAAAGCUGUUCCAUACGGGACACGCACAUUCCAAACCCCCCCGGUGAAUCUACCUGUCCAAGUAACCGUGUAGAGGUACCAGCAGGGUCAGAAUGGAAGAUGAUCCCCCACCCCUUAUCCCCACUCUCACAUGGAUCUAAUCAUCGCAAAGUAUUUUUCUUCAAAUUUCUCUUAAUUACAAAAAGUGUUAAAAAGUGAGUUGCAUUUGAGAAGGUUUAAAUCUCCUCUUCCCUUGCUCCCCCCGACCCAUCUCCAUUCCCAUCACCGGUGUCAGGUAGGGAGGAGAGACUUGCUGUUCUAGAAGUUUCCGUGCUGAGGGAGAGGGCGGUGUGGCGCGCAGCUGAUGGUGCCCCCCGCCCCCCCCCCCAGCCAGAGGAAUCCAGAGGGGCAGGGAAGAUGUUGGAGUGGUCAGGGGAUCUAGUCCCUGAUGGGAUGUUGUCUAAUCCUGAGGGGUCUCAGCUGUAGGGAUCCACUGUGGAUCUACUACCAAUGAAGAUGCUGUCAACCAGGGAUCUGCUCCUUGUGGAGAGUGUCAGCCAGUUGGAGAGGGAGGGAUCCACUCCUGGAGGUCGUAGAUAUCUCAUGCAGAGAUCUACUGCUGUUAGAGAGGAUCUCCGCCAGGGACCUACUCUUUAUGGAGAGACUUAGCUGGGCACCCACUCCCGAUAGAGGUCUCUGGCAGGGAUCCACUCCUGAGGGAGAGGGUUUCUGCCAGGAAUUCUGUUCCUCAUCCAGGUGUCCACUGAUAGGGAAGGUCUCGGCCAAGGAUGUGGCCCACAAUCACCUUCAGUGACUUUUACAGAAAAGAAUCAGGUGGCCAGUGGCAGCUCUGUGAUGGUCUCAUGGUUGAAGAGCCAUGGGUGCCUCUGGGCCUGUGAGAAGGGGAAGGGAUGGGGGAUUAAGGGUGGGUGGGAGGGAGGGGCAGGAGGCAGAGUGGGACUUGGAGCAGAGGUGAGGCUGUGUGGUGAAGGACACUUAUUGUUGCCCCCACAUGUUACCCCCCCCCCCCAUGUGUUCACCAGAAGGGGGCUGAGGGGCCACUGGUACAGAGGCUGUGCAGAGGGAGUCACUGUCACCGGGAUCAGCAGGUAACGUGCAGCCGAAUCCCCUCUGCCCCAGCAGAGCUCACAGGACAGGCAUGGUGUUCAGCUCAAGGCAGAAUGUGGGCUCAUUGUGAGGUGUUCCAGCAGAUUAGUAAACCCACUGAUACCUCUCCUCAGUCCUGAUGCAGGGUCCCGACCCGAAACAUUGACCACUCCUCUGCCUCCACAGAUGCUGCUCAACCCACUGAGUCCCUCCAGAUGUUUUUUACACCUCUGCUUUUGUUGCUGAGACAUUAAUAGAAAUUGUCUUGAGGCUCUGCAGCUCCUCGGUGGAUAUCAGAGCUUCGCCUGUCACUCCUGCCCUCUCCGGAGUUUGGGCUCAUGCACAGCAUGCGAGGCAGAGUGCUCCCCUGACCUCAGGACCCUGGGGUUAGAAGGGAAGCAGCCCUGGUCUUCAACCUUCAGUGAUAGCGUGUGUCUGAGGUUGGGGCUGAUGGAUCGGUUUUCUUACUUCCCUGGUCGUAUACUCGGCCACUCAAGUCUAUGCCGGCCCUCGAAGCAAUCCCAUCUCCCACUCAUUUCCCUCUCAUUUCCCUGUCACUCAUUCUCCCCACAUUCCCAUCAACUCCCUCACGUUCCACCACCCACCCACACACUGGGGGCAAUUUACAGCGGCCAAUUAACCCACCGACCCGCACAUCUUUGGGAUGUGGGAGGAAACCGGAGCACCUGGGGAAAACGCACAGACACAGGGAGAACGUGCAAACUCCACACAGACAGCGCUGGAGGCUGGGAUCGAACCUGGGUCUCUGGGACUGUGAGGCAGCGGCUCUACCCUCUGCACCGCCCAAUGACCCCUUUGUUUAAAUAACCUGCUACCACUCACCAUCUUGGUCUUAAGACUGGCUGGUUUUGAGAGGCGUGUUACCCUUUUCUCUCUGGGUCAGAUCUAUUGAGGGCUCCCCAACACUUCCCCACCACCACUGGUACUUUUCUAAGUGGAGGUUGUUUUGUCACCUCUGGGUACCCACCCCGUCACCCAAUUCCCUGGUGGCCUUGGGAUCUCAUUGCACCGUGGACCUCCCCAUAAAGCUCUCUGGGUAAGUGGGUGGCCUGGUGAUUGUCCACCCAGAUGGCACCAAUGUGAGUUGGCUACACCAGGUUUGUGAAUGGCAGGAGGCAGAUCUGUGCUUUGUAAGGUGCAAGCAAGGUGCCAGCCUCUCCCAGCUCCCCCUCGCCUCCGGUCCUCUCCUGAUCUCGGAUUUCUCCUGAGCUUUCUCCUCCAGACCUGACUACAGGCGAGUUCCUGUUGCUGGACAUCGGUGGAGACCAGGACAGUGACACGAGAGUGAGCAAAUGAACUGGAGGAUAAGGGUUUAUAGGGAGCGAGGCUCCCAGGUUGAUAACGCUGUAAUAACAACAAUAUGUUUUCAUUUAUUAAUAUUUUGAGAUCUGGCCAGCAUUUAUUGCCCAUCCCUAAUUGCCCCUUGAGAAGGUGAUGGUGAGCCACCACCUUGGACCCCUGUCGUCCUUCUGCUCUCUCACUGAUGUACUGCAGGGAGUUCCAGGAUAUGAGCCAGGGAAUGGUGAUGUAUUUCCCAGUCAGGAUGGUGUGUGACCUAGGGCAGGUCCCCACACCGGUUCCUCCAUCCAUCUGCUUUUAUGGCUCCCCUGGGGGUUCCCCAGACCUGCAGCCAAUCUCUGCAGGUUAGGUGGGACAAUUGGUGCCCUCAGCAAACCUUCCAGCACAGCCACCCUCCCUCUAGGAGAUAGGAUACUGAUGAGAGUCUGUGCCUGGGCACACUGUGAGGCUGAUUAAUGAACGGGCAGGAGAGGGAAUGGGUUUCCUCCAGUACAGUGGAUGGUGUGUGAAGGAAUCUCCCGAAGUUGCUAAUGGCGCUGAGGAUGGGGUUAACUGCUCUGUCAGCCAGGCUCGUUCCCCCAGGUCACCGGUUAUCCUGGGACCUCGAUGUCCCCAGUGUUGGGAGGGGAGGUCAGCUGGACAGACCCACAGGCUGAUCAACCUCCAGAGCGGGAAGGCCGUGCACUUUCCACACAGGCAGAGUCGCACUUGAAUGUGCUGCCUCUGUGGUUGAAUAGCCCACUGGGACACGUGAAGGAGAAGGGCUGCCAGUGCCAACAGAACUGCGGCAAAGCUCACCCCCGUGAGUUCCAAGUUUGCCUAUUCCACACACUCGUGCUCUGCCGUGUUCCACUUAAUGUAACUCUGAGGAGUCCAGAACGCUGCUGCCAAGUGUCCAGUCCUGUACCGGACUCUGUUCACCCAUCGUCCAUGUUACUCACUGACCCCAUGGGCUCCCAGUUCACCAAAGCCUUGAUUUUAGAUAUUCUCACUUUUCACAUCUCACCCCCCUCUGUCCCUGUGACCUCCUCCGAGGUUUGAUCAGAAUCCACGUCCAUCACCCAGGACUACAUUGAACCUUCCCAGAUCUCUGCACCUCUCCCAUUGUGGUCUUGUCAUCAGCCUGGAACUUAAUGACUCCACCAUUGCUGGCCCUGUUCUUGCCACCCUGUCCUGUGAACUCCAGAACUCCCUCCCUUCACCCCUCAGUGUCUCCUAAACCUGCACCAAACUCUCGGGCAGCGUUCAGACCAUCUCCAGACGUGGCUCAGUGACAGGUUUUCUCUGAUGUUGCUCCUGUGAAGCACCUCAGGAUCUUUCACUACAUUAAAGGCACCAUCUAAACACAGGUAGCUUUGGGGAUAAUGUAGGAAGGUGCUGCCGAACAGGUGUGUCUAAGGAAUGGUUGGACAGUGCCCAAUGCAUUAGCACUGUACGUGGCCCUGUGGGUCUGCAGUGGCCAGCCCCAACUGUACAGCUUGUUUGUUUGCUCCUGUUUCUCUGCUCAGUGUGUUUCAGGGUAAUUGCAAUGGAGGAAAUCACAGACUCUCAGACUCCACAAUCGGCCAGAAAUGUUACAGACACCACACCAGUCACUGGAUACUCCUGACACUUAAAAAUUAACAAGUAAUUGCUGUAUCAGGCACAAUACACAUGCCUGGGCCAUACCCAUGCUCUGCCAAGGUGGCUUCAGCUCUUUAAGUUUGUUUCUCUUUAAUAGUACCUUUAUAAAAAGGUUUUUUUUUAGCUACCUUCCAAAUCUAACCCCUGGUACCUCUGUAAACAGAGAGCCUGAGACGGAGACAAGGAUUUCUUCGCUGCUUCUCAUGAUUUUCUAAUUUGCUGUAAAUCUGUAGAGAAGGACGGAAGAAGAUGCACAAUGUCAUGUUUUAUACAGCAAAAGAAAUCCGGGAAAAAAAACUUUAAAAAUGCAUUAGGAAGGUGGAAUGCUGAACAAUCCCCUCAGAAUUGUUUGUAAUGUUUUUUAAUGUUAACUCGUGUAGGGGAACUGUGUUUUAUUUUGGUUUUGAAGCCUUGUUCUGUGUAUCUCUGCUUGUAUAUUGAACGCUAGUACUUACCAAUCUGUAUUGCUGUCAUUAAACAUAUGGUAAACC